UUGAUUAUGCUAAUUAGGUUUAAACUGCAGAAGUACCAAAGAAGUGGAAGGGAAAUACACUCAUUUUAUUUCCUUCUAAAUUUUCCAACAGCUCACUGAAUUCUAACAUUCAGUUGUGAGUGUCUAGGUAAUAUUUCUCUAAAGAUAAAUGAGAUGUUAUAAAUCUUUUGCUUGCAGUAAACUGUUCAAAUGUGUGGCCUUCAAAAUUACUGUAAGUGCUCAAAUCAUAGAAAUAAUGAAGGAAUCAAGGUGGGACAGCAGAAACACUCUUUCUCUAGGAAUCUGUCAGCAGUUUAGAACUCUCAUAUUUCUAAGGUUUAUAUCCAGCACUUCAUGCUAUGCUGGCAUUAAAAAAAACAUAGUAUUUUAAAUUUCAUACUGCAAUAAUUUUAAAUGGAGAGAAAGAAGAAAACUUAUGAAUGGUUACAAGUUACAGUUUCUUAAGAUGGUAAUGCAAUCACUGCAGAAACAACAGUAUCUGGAAAACUAAUUAUAACAGGCCCUUUCAGAUUUGAGCUGCUAAGAAAUAAGGACCCUUGUUAAUAAAGCAAUGCAUCAAACUGAAAAUACUCUAGAUUCUCUGACAUUUCCCCCAAUUUGUUUGACAAGACAUAGAAAGAAGUGGAGAAAAGAUGACUUAAACAUCUUUUUUAUUACUUUUAUUUCAUUAUGACGUAAGUUACAGCAGCUUCACAAAAAAUGAUGGAUAGAGAUCUAAGGACUCUCUGUCUUUUAUUGGACAAUCUUCACUUUGGCAAUUGUGCUGACUGUUGGCAAAGACACAAAUGUAGCAUUUGGUGGAAAAAAUGAAUCUGUGAGGGUAUGUAAGGAGCUAUUUAUCCAAAUGUGUGAUAUUUUGACCUUAUGGUGUUCCAUGUGUUAGUCCAGUUCCCGAGUCUGCUUCCCAAGGAUGACAAUCCACACUUUGCUUGUGCUGUGUGCUGGGCUGAGCGGGCAGCGUGGCCACGGCCUCGUCUUUGCUGAGGCUGAAUGAGAGUAGAAAAGCUGGUUCCCUCUGCUGCAGCAAGUCAGGUUGGCUGGGCCUGGUGUUGGGUUUCAGUGCUGGCAUGCUGCUUUAGUGUUUACAGUGCAAAAUGACUCAGUAGCAAAUCCAAGAUAAAAAUCAGGAUUUUUUUCUGCCCCUCAAGAAAUGUCUCCUAAGGGUUUCUUUUGUUGAUGAGCUCGGUUAUUGUAUAAAAUCACAGAGAUGCAAUCUCUUCAACAACACAAUCAUGGUGCUUGGAAAAUCAACUGGGACACGUUUUCUUCUAGUGAUUCAGUAUAUUGCUUGAUGUCAUUACUGUUUAGUAUCAUCUGGAGCUCCAAAAAGUUCAACUGCAAAUGCAAUACUCAGUCAGUCAUUAACUGUGACUUGACAAUGGCCUGACUCCAUCUCUAUUAUAUGAUGGAUGCUUUGAGACUGGGGUUUUUGUUGGUGGUGUAUUGGCUUUUGUUUGGUUGGGGUUCUUUUUCGCUUGGUUGGUUGGUUUUAAGGGCAUUUUUUUAGUGCUACUGAGAUUUCCCCUGCAACAAACUCCAUAUUAAUAAUUAAUCAUCUAAAAUGGAUCUUGGAUUGUGUUGCAAAUGAUGAGUUGCUGAGGAAAGCACAAAGGAAACUAACUGUAGAAAAUAAAUAUGAAUUUGCAAGUUCUAUCUGGUCAAUGUUUUACCUAUGUAUGUUAAUCCAUUCUAUCAGCAAAUUAAUCAGCUUUGAAGAAGCCUUAAUACUACAGAAAAGAGUCUUGAAAAAACUGUAUUAACUGUGACCCUGGGUAGGCUAAACCACCAUCUCUGUACCAGUUGAAAUUCCCACAGUGAUCACGGCAACAGUCACAGCUCCAGCUUCCUUGUGGAACUUUCAGGUGAGAAACUGGAGAAGUGAAAUUUGGAGUCAGUCCAAAGCAAAGGUAAAGAGCAAUUGGAAUAAUCAAUUCCCCCCCGGAAGGACUAAUGUUAUGCUGUUUGUCUUAAUAAGUAGAAGCUUAACGUGCUAAUGAUUUCCUGGUUAUAUAAGGGUGCAUUUGUGCUGAGCAAAACUACUGGCAAUGGAUCAAAAGCUAUUUAAGAAAGUAAACUGACAAAUUUCUUACUAUAAAAGCCUUUUAAUUUUUAAUCGUGUUGUUUUGCCUUUUGAGUGAUUAUUUGACACUCAGGAUAUUAUGAUUUAUAGUCACAUAGGUCACGUGAUUCAGACCUUUCUGAGUCCUGUUGGGUCCCAGCUCGGGUUUGCCUUGUGGUGUGACUGGAGUCCAUUCUUCAUGAAUAAAUCUGUCCCCUCUGUGCCUUUUCAGGUUUCCACCAGUAGUUAGAGGUUGUUCUAAUAUAAUGCACUGGUGAGUGAAUGCUCUGAACCCUGCUCUUUAUCACAUCCUCUGAGCAGGAGAGUUGAAAUGAAGUGUUUGGCGAGUUGUAGGAGAAUCUGUAUUUGGUAUUGGAGAGGGUUGCUCAGCUUCCUGUGGUUUUGACCAGAAGGUUGUUCUCACAGUGAGAAAUUGCCAUUCUCUGAAUUUGAAGGAGAGUUCCUUUAUUUCUGGGUUCAUAGAAUGAUUUAUACUGCAUGGAAUGUCUCAAGACUUGCCAGCCUUGUCAAACUCUCCCAGAGUUCUGCUUCGUAUUUACAAAAAUCCAAUUGCUUAGUUUCAGGCACAGAUUAAUCAGAUAUCAUAUUUUAAUUCUCAUUUUAAAAGCUCAGCUUAUGUCCUACAGUUAUUUUGUUUUUUACAGUUAUUUUUUUUUCUUACAAAACCUCCUGUUCUUUCGCUUGGGAUCGGGCUGAAGGACAGUUCCUCAGUGACAGCUCGCGAGCUUUUCCCUAAACCAAGCGGCUCCUCUUCCCACAAGAGGGAGCUCGGCGGUCACUGCAGGAUGAGAUCCGUGCCGGCUCGGAAGGGCUGCGCGAUCUCUCGCAGGCCAGCAGAGGGGAUGUGCCGGGCACUCUGUCCACAGUUUAGCCCCUCAUCGCAGGAUUCUCAGUCUCAAAUCACAGAUGCCCCGUUCGGGGGGACACCGCCCGGCUACGCGUACGAUGCCGACCGCGCCGAGGAGCAGAGGAGACACCAUGACAUGAUGCCCUACAUCGAUGACUCGCCGUCCUCCUCACCACACCUCAGCUCCAAGAGUCGGGGCAGCCGAGACACUCUGUCCUCAGGGUCUCUGGAAUCUACAAAAUCGAGUGAGCCAGACCUGGAGAAAGGCCUGGAGAUGAGAAAAUGGGUCCUAUCAGGAAUCCUAGCCAGUGAGGAAACCUACCUGAGCCACCUGGAGGCCCUGCUGCUGCCCAUGAAGCCUUUGAAAGCUGCUGCCACCACCUCUCAGCCUGUGCUGACCAGUCAGCAGAUUGAGACAAUAUUCUUCAAAGUGCCUGAGCUCUAUGAGAUCCACAAAGAGUUCUACGAUGGGCUCUUUCCCCGAGUGCAGCAGUGGAGUCACCAGCAACGUGUGGGGGACCUCUUCCAAAAGCUGGCCAGCCAGCUGGGAGUGUACCGGGCCUUUGUGGAUAACUAUGAAGUUGCCAUGGAGACAGCAGAGAAAUGCUGCCAAGCCAAUGCUCAGUUUGCUGAAAUCUCUGAGAAUCUAAAGGCCAGAAGCACAAAGGAAUCUAAAGAUCAGACAACGAAAAAUUCCUUGGAAACCCUACUGUACAAGCCUGUGGAUCGAGUGACUCGCAGCACACUUGUCUUGCAUGAUUUGCUCAAGCACACUCCAGUGAGCCACCCCGAUCACCCCCUGCUGCAGGAUGCUCUGCGGAUCUCUCAGAACUUCCUCUCCAGCAUCAACGAGGAGAUCACUCCUCGUCGGCAGUCCAUGACUGUAAAGAAGGGGGAGCACCGGCAGCUGCUGAAGGACAGUUUCAUGGUGGAGCUGGUGGAGGGGGCCCGCAAGCUGCGCCACGUCUUUCUUUUCACCGAUCUGUUCCUGUGUGCCAAGCUCAAGAAGCAGAUUGGAGGGAAAAGCCAGCAAUAUGACUGCAAAUGGUACAUCCCACUCACUGACCUCAGCUUCCAAAUGGUGGAUGAGUCUGAGGCAGUGCCCAAUAUCCCACUGGUACCUGAUGAGGAGCUGGAUGCCAUGAAGAUCAAGAUAUCCCAGAUCAAGAACGACAUCCAGCGGGAAAAGAGGGCCAAUAAAGGCAGCAAGGUCAUCGAGAGGUUAAAAAAGAAGCUCUCGGAGCAGGAAUCCCUCCUACUGCUGAUGUCUCCCAACAUGGCCUUCCGGGUGCACAACCGCAACGGGAAGAGUUACACGUUCCUCAUUUCAUCGGACUAUGAGAGGGCAGAGUGGAGGGAGAAUAUCCGAGAGCAGCAGAAGAAAUGCUUUAAAAGCUUCUCACUCACAUCAGUGGAGCUCCAGAUGCUGACAAACUCCUGUGUGAAGCUUCAGACAGUCCACAACAUUCCCCUCACUAUCAAUAAGGAAGAUGAUGAAUCCCCGGGUCUCUAUGGAUUCCUGAAUGUCAUUGUCCACUCUGCCACAGGAUUCAAGCAAAGCUCAAAUUUGUACUGCACGUUAGAGGUGGAUUCUUUUGGGUAUUUUGUGAACAAGGCCAAAACUAGAGUUUACAGAGACACCACAGAGCCCAACUGGAACGAGGAGUUCGAGAUUGAGCUGGAGGGCUCACAGACACUGCGGAUUCUGUGCUAUGAAAAGUGCUACAACAAAACCAAGCUCACCAAAGAGGAUGGAGAGAGCACAGAUCGAAUCAUGGGGAAAGGGCAGAUCCAGCUGGACCCGCAGGCACUGCAGGACAAAGACUGGCAGCGCACGGUCAUCUCCAUGAAUGGGGUUGAGGUGAAGCUGUCGGUGAAGUUCACCAGCCGGGAGUUCAGCCUCAAAAGGAUGCCGUCCCGCAAACAGACCGGCGUGUUUGGGGUCAAGAUCGCCAUUGUCACCAAGAGAGAGAGGUCGAAGGUGCCUUACAUAGUGCGGCAGUGCGUGGAGGAGAUCGAGCGGCGCGGGAUGGAGGAGGUGGGAAUCUACCGAGUCUCUGGGGUUGCAACGGACAUCCAGGCUCUGAAAGCUGCCUUUGAUGUCAACAACAAGGACGUGUCGGUGAUGAUGAGCGAGAUGGACGUCAACGCCAUCGCGGGCACCCUCAAGCUGUACUUCCGCGAGCUGCCCGAGCCCCUGUUCACGGACGAGCUGUACCCCAACUUCGCCGAGGGCAUCGCACUUUCAGAUCCUGUUGCAAAGGAAAGCUGUAUGCUGAAUUUGUUGCUGUCGCUUCCAGAACCCAACCUUGUGACAUUCCUUUUCCUUUUGGACCAUUUAAAAAGGGUUGCUGAGAGGGAAGGUGUUAACAAGAUGUCCCUGCAUAAUCUUGCCACUGUCUUUGGACCAACACUGCUCAGACCUUCGGAGAAGGACAGUAAAAUCCCUGCUAACCCAACCCAGCCCAUCACAAUGACUGACAGCUGGUCACUAGAAGUCAUGUCCCAGGUUCAAGUUCUUCUGUACUUCCUGCAGCUAGAGACCAUCCCUACCCCAGACAGCAAGAGGCAAAGCAUUCUCUUUUCCACGGAGGUGUAGGUGCCCACGGUACCAACAGGACACAAAAAACUGCUCUUGGCAAAACUCUGUCACCCCUGAGAAAAAGCUGACUGGUGUUUCCUCAGAUGUGACUGGCCUGUUCCUGUGCUGGGGAAUUCCAGCCCUCAGUGCUUCUGUUGUUUGUGAACCAGAGACAAGCUGGAGAAAAAAGGAGAAAACCCUCUCCUCGUGCUGGUAGGACCAGAACUAAGUGGAGAUGGAGCUGCGUGGGAUCUCCACUAGAAGGAGCAAUAGACACUUGAACAAAUGCACCACGGAGUGUGGCCAUUAUUCUUGUUGGGAAUGGGACAGAAGGUAUUCCUCAUUUUAUGGAUUUAAUUUAUCAUAAAGAAACUUCAAGAUUUCUACUGGACCACUUGAUAGGACACCCCUUUUUGGGUGAGGGGGUGUUAAAGGAUAUAUCACAACUGUGUCUUUAAUAACUGCUGAUUUUCAAGUACUGUUCUAGGCCACAAAAAUAGCAUAGCUUUGGAGGAAGGAAGGAGAAGGGAAGGGUCUGGGAUCUAAGAUUCCCUCCUCAGAAAUUCAAGUCUUGAUUCAAAUGGGAUUCUAAAGAAAUCCAACAGUUUUAUGUACAACUAGAACUGUUGGGCCGUUUGGGGGCUGGGACUUUUUGUGUUUGGGGUUUUUUUUUGUCUCACCCAGCCCUUCAGGUGCAAAUGUUUAUACACCCCGGGGAAGGAGAUGCCCUGCUCUUACCUGUGUUGCACUUCUGAUGGUUUUUUUGGGUUAAGGGAGACACAUCCAAUGAAGUUACACUAUAAAUAAAUACAGCAAAUUAAAGAGAGGCAGGGAGGAUAAGAGUCAGUGAUCCUGUUGGUUUUUUGCAUAUAAGCAGAGGCAACAUUGUCCAGGAAGGAUUGCUAAAUUCCUUAGACCCCACCAAACUCGAUGAAAAUUAAUUGGGAAGACACUUAAUUCCCAACACUCCAAAGAAAAUACGUUAUCACUGCAAAAACAAUUGAAGAAUUUGUGAACAAAAAAAAAUGAAUGGCUGUCAGUUUGGCUGGCUGCUUACUCCAGACUUUUAUCAGAACAUCUUUUUUUGAUACUUGAAUUUUUGGAGGCUUUGUACGUUGCUUCUACAAGAGUCUUUUUCUGAUAGAUACAAACACUCUGAAAAAUGUGUCAGAAUGUACUUUAUGGACAAUCUAGCAAGUAGCAUGCAUUGUGGAUUCUCCAGAAAUUCCAACCCUGUUUUAAAUAAGAGCAGUGGAGAAAUUUCUGUGGAACUCCAUCCAGCAGUACAAAAGGUCUGGCCAAACACCAAUUUUGUGUUUCCCUCCCUAAAUCAGUUGAAGCCACAGGGGUUCCAGAGGCAGAAAGGGCAGCAGUAUUUGUCCAGGGAAUUGAAACUGCAGAAUCUGAUUGCUGGUAUCCAGAGCUGAGCAUUCUGGCUAUGAAGCAGUUGUGCCAAACAUCCCGAGGGGUGGGAGCGACGCUGUUUUCCUAAACCACUCCAGCCCCCACUUCCUACCCAGCUCUGCAGCAUCCAUUUAGUGGCAUCUGUCCAUCACUGUCCUGGCAAGAAGAAAAGUACAGCUGGAAGGCAAGAGAAGGAAUCGGCACGAGAAGGGGAGGGAGGGACAGAUUUUGAAAGGUUGGUAGGGUCAGGUUGUCAACAUCAUCUGUGGGGAAAUGCGAGACAGAAAGCAACCCCUCUUGUGUGGAAUUGCACAUUUUCUGAUGGGUGAUCGGCAAUCUCUCAGUUAAAAAAAAAAUAGCAAAGGAGUGUUGCAAACAAAUAGAAAGAAAAAAAUUAAAAGGGAACUGAUUUUGUAGUCACUGUAAUUCUGACUGCUGCAUAAUAUUAGAAAUUAUUGUACUGUGAAGUUGCAAAAUCAAAAAGGAACAAAUAUAAAUUUCGAUUUUGUGAGUAUAUCAAUAUUUUGCAUGCUUUGUAAGGAUUCUUAUAGGAAUUUAAUAUUGCUUAGUAUCCCUCCCUCCUUAGGUCUGGGAGCAAACCUCUUUGUAAUGUAAUGUACAACUAGAAAUUCCUUCUCUCUUGUAUGUAUUUCCACAACAUUCCAACUUCUGAACCCGCAAAACAGAAAAUGUGUCUGUAGUAGGAGGUGCUUUUUGGGGGAGGGAGGGAAUGAAGGCAAGGAAACUUGAAGGCUUAAGAUUUUGACUUUUUUUUUUAAUUUUUAUUUUCGGUUUUUGCCUGUUUGAAGGUAAAAAUUAGUCCCAAUCCUGACGAACAUUGACUUGAGCCAAGUCGUGCCGAGCAGUAAAGCACACUCUAGUUUGGGUUCUCUGUGUCUCUUCUCCCUUUGCCCUGGCACAAUCCCACCACAGCAAUCCUUGUACCACAAGCUGCACUCCUGCCAGCUCCCACCUCGGGGGGAUGGACCUGAGGCAGAAGCACUGCUGAUGACUUCAUGGAAAAGGGGAAAAAAAACCCAAGCUACAGCUGGUGGCUGGGUGAUAACCUUUUCCUUUGGUGUUUGGAAUCUGUGGCUGCUCCUUGCAGUGUUGAAACUGGAAAGCAAUACCAUAAUGACUGUGCCAAUUUACUUUUGCCCAACUUUUUUAUUUUUAUUUAUAUAGGAAGUUAAUUUUAAUAUUAAAUUACUGAUCUAUAGUAUGUAACCACGAGAAAAUGGCUUUUGCUUUGGUUACUGUGACAGGUUGUUGCUGUCAGUCUCUCAUUACAAUGCUCAGUUCUAAUGUAACAUUAUCUAACAUGCAGGCAUGUGGAUCAGGGAAAGAAAGGUAAUUUAACUUAACCCGUUAAUUAUUUCUGUUAAGUAUGAGUAUGUUUUCCCCAAAGCUGGUAAUUUUGGGCUGGAAAAGAUAGUUCAUCAUAUUGCUGAUGAUGAAAUCAUGGACUGAUUUGAAAUACGAGAAUUGAUUUCUUGAAUUUCCUUUAAUUUUGCAAUUAAAUUUUUUUCAAAUAG